AUGCCCUCUACAUCGAGAAGGUCGCGCCCAGUCGCCGACGACGCAGACGAGGAACAGAGGCCAAGACAUCGCCAACGCCGGGACGAGCCAGAAAGCGAUGUCGAUGACGAGGAAGCCGAGGAUGCUGAGGAAGCAGAAGACGGCGACCAGGCAGAGUCAGCAGACGGCCAGUUGAUCAAGAAGCUCGUCAGAUACGCCAUGGCCUGCGAUUUUUCUCGAGCACCAAUACGGAGGGACGGCAUCAAAGAAAAAGUUCUGGGUGACCAUAGUCGAGCAUUUAGGAGAGUGUUCGAGGGAGCGCAGAAAACCCUUCGCGCCGUGUUCGGCAUGGAAAUGGUCGAGCUUCCCGUAAGGGAUAAGCUGACCAAAGAGGAGAAGCGUAAAGCCGCGAAAUCCAAGUCCAAGUCGUCGAACUCCAACAGCUACGUCCUCGUCUCUGUACUUCCCGACACCUACAAGACCCCAAAGAUUAUCGCACCCUCGAAAUUCCUCAGUGCGGAGGAUGAGGCCGCCUACGUGGCCUUCUAUACGGUACUCAUCUCGCUGAUUCGCAUCAACGGCGGCGAGAUGAGUGACUCCAGGCUGAAGCGCUACCUGCGGCGCCUGAAUGCGGAAACCAACUCCUUCCACAGCACGAAGACAGAAGAGACACUGGCAAGGUUGCAGAGGCAAGGCUAUCUGAUCAAGAAUAUCGAUAAGGAGGCCCGGCAGCACGGCGACGAGCAGGAGGCUACGACAUGGUACGUUGGUCCGAGGGGCAAGGUCGAAGUGGGCGAUGAAGUCGUAGCCGGGGUGGUGAGGGAAGUCUGGGGCGAGCAAGACGACGACGAGCUCGAGGCGAAAUUGCAAAAUAGCUUGCAAAUCCAAGAGAGGAAGCCGCCUGCACAGAAUGGCGAUGCUGUGAACGGCGAUGCCUCGGAUGCUGGCAAUGAGAACGGUGUUAUAGACAACGGCGAGGGCCCAAGUAGGAGGAGGUCAGGCCGGCGGAGGCAAGUCGAGGAAGAUCAGGACGAAGAAGAGUGA